AUUACGUCGUUCGUGCAGCUGCAUAAUAAUUACAUUAUAAAAUCAGUUAAAUAGUUCUUGUUAAUUACAUUACUAAUUCUAAGUUGAGUUUUUUAGGAUCGCGGAAGCCUAAUGACAGAAUGGAAAGUUUUAAGUUUGUACAAGGGUGUGUAAUAUUGUUAUAUGUGGUGACCUUCACGGUGCAGAAAACUGAAGAUGAAAGAGUAAAUGAGUAUUUGUCCGCUGUGGACGGAUACAACAAAAGAGCCGAGGCGAUAAGCAACCAAUACUGGAUAGCUUCAUGGGCGUACUAUACCAAUAUAACUGACUACAACAUGAACAAAAUGACGGAAAUGAGCCUAUUGUAUUCGGACUUUGCAAAGAACGAGUCUGUUAAAGCAGCCCAGUUUAACGUAUCCGCACUAACAGAUCAAAGUUUAAAGAGACAGAUUGAAAUGAUUCUAGACAUUGGGAUAUCAGGCUAUGACGAUAAGGAAGUCCUCAAACGGAUCGCAAAUCUUGAGGCUGAAAUGACCGGUAUCUAUAGUGCAGCAAAAUGGUGCAAAACACCCGAUGAUUGCAAACCUCUAGAACCAGAUCUGACAGACAUGAUGACGGAAAACAGAAACUACGACGGACUACUUGUGGCUUGGAAAGGAUGGAGAGAUGUUAGUGGUGCAAAAAUGAAAGAUAUGUAUGCAGAGUUUGUCAACCUAAUGAACAAAGCAAUCAAAGCUGGUGGGAAGUAUGAAGACAUGGGGGCAUAUUACAGAUCUUGGUAUGAGCAAGAUGAUUUUGAGGGAGAUAUGAACCAUUUGUUUGAUCAGUUUAUACCACUGUACGAUCAACUCCAUGCAUAUGUUAGAAGAAAGUUAAAAGAUAAAUAUGGUGCGGGCAACUUCCCGGAAUCUGGCCAUAUUCCCGCUCACAUCUUUGGUGACAUGUGGUCUCAACAGUGGAACAAUAUAUAUGAUAUAUUGGAGCCUUACCCUGGUCAGGGACGGCACUUGCUUACAACAGAAAUGAAGGAUCAGAAUUAUAAUGUGAUACGUAUGUUCCGUUUGGCGGAAAAGUUCUUUACGUCAAUUGGUAUGGGUCCUAUGCCAGAGUCUUUCUGGAGAUUUUCCAUGUUGGAGAAACCAGACGACGGUCGUGAGGUAGUGUGUCAUGCGUCCGCAUGGGAUUUCAGUAACGGUACUGACUUCAGAAUCAAACAAUGUACGACAGUGACCAAAGACCAACUGAUAACAGUGCAUCACGAAAUGGGUCAUAUACAGUAUUACCUUACGUACGUGGACCAGCCCAUUCUGUUUCGAAGCGGGGCGAAUCCAGGUUUUCAUGAAGGUGUAGCGGAUAUUGUCAGUCUGUCUUUUCAGACUCCGGAACAUCUACAGAAGAUAGGGCUUCUGGAGAACCUCCCAAACGGGACAGAGGGUGACAUCAAUUUUCUAUUUCAAAUGGCACUGGAAAAAGUUGCUUUCCUGCCAUUUGGUUAUUUGAUUGACCAAUGGCGAUGGAGUGUGUUUAGAGGGGAGACAACAACAAGCAAUUAUAACGCGGCAUGGUGGAAUCUGAGGUGUCGUUACCAAGGCAUAGCACCACCUGUUGCACGGUCAGAACAUGACUUUGAUCCUGGAGCAAAAUAUCACAUAGCGAGAAACACUCCUUAUAUCAGGUAUUUCGUAAGUACCGUUGCCCAGUUUCAAUGGCAUAAGGCAUUGUGUGAGCUGAUAGGACAAGCAGAUCCACUGCAUAGAUGUGACAUAUACCAAAACAAAAAGGCAGGACGAAGACUACAAGAGAUGUUACAAAUGGGUGCAUCGUUGCCAUGGGGUAAAGCUAUGGAGAAAAUAACAAGAGGCACAAGUGGUUUUACAGAUAAACUCAGUGCCCAACCCCUCCUUGAUUACUUCAAACCUUUGCAGGAAUGGUUAGACUCUGAAAAUAGCAAGACAGGAGAAAACAUCGGUUGGAACCGAGAUAGCUGUCCAAGUGGCUCGUUUGUUAACUCGAUGUCGUCGAUGUCGGAGUUGUCGUCGUCGUUUGUUAUCGUUUCUAUCUUAAAUAUAAUACUUCUUCUGUUUUGUAACUGGCAAAUAUAUCUUUUUUUUUCUCAGUGUACAACAAGCUUUAUAGUUACUCAGGGUACAACAAGCCUUAUAGUUUCUCAGGGUACAACAAGCUAUAUAGUUUCUGAGGGUACAACAAGUUUUAUAGUUUCUCAGGGUACUGCGGGAUUUAUAGUUUCUCAUGGUACAACAAACUUGAUAGUUUCUCAGAGUUCAACAAGCUUUAUAGUUUCUCAGAGGUACCACGAGAUUUAUAGUUCUCAUGGUACAACAACCUUUAUAGUUUCUCAGGGUACAAAAAGCUUUAUAGUUUCUCAGAGUACUGCAUGUUUUAUAGUUUCUCAGGGUACAACAAGCUUUAUAGUUACUCAGGGUACAACAAGCCUUAUAGUUUCUCAGGGUACAAGAAGCUAUAUAGUUUCGGAGGGUACAACAAGCUUUAUAGUUUCUCAGGGUACUGCGAGAUGUAUAGUUUCUCAGGGUACUGCAAGUUAUAUAGUUUCUCAGGGUACAACAAGCUUUAUAGUUGCCCAGGAUACAACAAGUUUUAAAGUUUCUCAGGGUACUGCAAGCUUACUAGUUUCUCAGAGUACAGCGAGCUUUGUAGUUGCUAAGGGUACUGCUAGCUUUAUAGUUUCUCAGGGUACUGCAAGCUUUAUAGUUUCUCAGGGUUUAACAAGCUUAAUAGUUUCUCAUGGUACCGAAAGCUUUACAGUUCUCAGGACCGAGAUGAGCCUGUUGUUUUCGGACUUCAACAAGAACGAGUCAGCUAAAGCAGCUGAGUUUAACGUAUCUGCACUCACAGAUGAAAGUUUAAAGAGACAGAUUAACAAGAUCCUGGAUGUUGUAGUCUCAGUCUAUGAGAACAAAGAUGUUCUUAAACGGAUAACUAAUCUUAAGGCUGAAAUGACUGGUAUCUACAGUGCAGCAGAAUGGUGCAAAACAACUGCUGAUUGCAAACCGCUUGAACCAGAUCUGAUCGACAUCAUGACAAACAGCCGAGAUUAUGAUGAACUUCUUGCUGCUUGGAAAGGAUGGAGGGAUGUCAGUGGCGCUAAAAUGAAAGAUAUGUAUGCAGAAUUCGUCGGCCUCAUGAACAAAGCUAUCAAAGCCGGGGGAAGGUAUGAAGACAUGGGAGCGUAUUACAGGUCUUGGUAUGAACAGAACGAUUUUGAGGAAGAUGUGAAACGUUUGUUUGACGAGUUAAGACCUUUGUAUGAUCAGCUACAUACAUAUGUUAGGAGGAAGUUGAAAGAUAAAUACGGAGCAAGCAAAUUCCCUGAAUCUGGGCAUAUUCCCGCUCAUAUAUUUGGUAACAUGUGGGCGCAACAAUGGGGUAACAUAUAUGAUAUUUUGGAACCGUACCCUGGCCAGGGACGUAUUUCACUUACAGCAGAAAUGGAAAACCAGAAUUAUAAUGUGACACACAUGUACCGUUUGGCGGAAGAGUUCUUUACAUCAGUUGGUAUGGGUCCUAUGCCAGAGUCAUUUUGGAGGCUUUCCAUGUUGGAAAAACCAGACGACGGUCGUGAUGUGGUAUGUCAUGCUUCGGCGUGGGAUUUCAAAAUCGGUACUGACUUCCGAAUCAAACAAUGUACCACGGUAACUGAGGACCAACUGAUCACAGUACAUCACGAAAUGGGACAUAUACAGUAUUACCUUCAAUAUAUCAACCAACCAAUUCUGUUUCGAAGCGGAGCAAAUCCAGGUUUUCAAGAAGGUGUAGCGGAUAUUGUCACACUGUCUUUUCAGACUCCGGAACAUCUACAGAAGAUAGGACUUUUGGAGAACCUCCCAAACGGGACAGAGGGAGACAUCAAUUUUUUAUUUAAAAUGGCACUGGACAAAGUCGCUUUCCUGCCAUUCAGUUACUUGAUUGACCAAUGGAGAUGGAGUGUGUAUAGAGGCGAGACAACUAAAGAAAAUUACAAUGAAGCAUGGUGGAGUCUGAGGUGUCGUUACCAAGGUAUAUCACCGCCUGUUGCAAGGUCAGAAAAUGACUUUGAUCCUGGGGCAAAAUAUCACAUACCAGCGAAUACACCCUAUAUCAGGUAUUUCGUGAGUUUCGUUGCUCAGUUUCAGUGGCAUAAGGCAUUGUGCGAGCUGAUAGGACAAGAGGAACCACUACAUAGAUGUGACAUAUACCAGAAUACAACGGCUGGGCAAAGGCUACAAGAGAUGUUACAAAUGGGUGCCUCGUUGCCAUGGGGAAAAGCUAUGGAGAAAAUAACAAGAGGCACAAGUGGUUUUACAGAUAAACUCAGUGCCCAACCCCUCCUUGAUUACUUCAAACCUUUGCAGGAAUGGUUAGAAGCCGAAAAUAACAAGACAGGAGAAACCAUAGGAUGGACACGGGAGAAUUGUCCGAGUGGCUCGUUCAUUGACAUCUCUUCGGCUGCUUCAGUGAUGACGUCGUCACUUGCUUUCGCCUUGAGCUUUAAUAUAUUACGUUUUCUGUUCUUAAUGAAUGUUAACGUCAAGUUCGUACAGUCGUGUGCAUUACUGUUAUGUUUGGUGACAUUCACGGUGCAGCAAACAGAAGAUGAAAGAGUAACUGAAUAUUUGACAGCUGCGGAUGGAUACAACGACAGAGCCGAGGCGUUAAGCUACCAAUACUCGUUAGCUUCAUGGGCUUACUAUACGAAUAUAACGAAUUACAAUAGAAACAAAAUGACCGAGAUGAGCCUGGUGUAUUCGGACUUCACGAAGAACGAAUCAGUAAAAGCAGCUGAGUUUAACGUAUCUGCACUCACAGAUGAAAGUUUAAAGAGACAGAUUAACAAGAUCCUGGAUGUUGGAAUCUCAGGCUAUGAGGACAAAGAAGUCCUUAAACGGAUAACUAAUCUUGAAGCAGAAAUGACUGGUAUUUACAGCGCAGCAGAAUGGUGCAAAACAAAUGCUGACUGCAAACCCCUUGAACCAGAUCUGACCAACAUCAUGACAAACAGUCGAGAUUAUGAUGAACUUCUUGCUGCUUGGAAAGGAUGGAGGGAUGUCAGUGGCGCUAAAAUGAAAGAUAUGUAUGCAGAAUUCGUCGGCCUCAUGAACAAAGCAAUCAAAGCCGGGGGAAGGUAUGAAGACAUGGGAGCGUAUUACAGAUCUUGGUAUGAACAAAACGAUUUUGAGGAAGACGUGAAACGUUUAUUUGACGAGUUAAGACCGUUGUAUGAUCAACUGCAUGCAUAUGUUAGGAGAAAAUUAAAAGAUAAAUAUGGAGCAAGCAAAUUUCCAGAAUCUGGGCAUAUUCCCGCUCAUAUAUUUGGUAACAUGUGGGCACAACAAUGGGCCAACAUAUAUGAUAUUUUGGAACCGUACCCUGGUCAGGGACGAAUGUCGCUUACAGCAGAAAUGGAAAACCAGAAUUAUAAUGUGACACACAUGUACCGUUUGGCGGAAGAGUUCUUUACAUCGAUUGGUAUGGGUCCUAUGCCAGAGUCAUUUUGGAGGCUUUCCAUGUUGGAAAAACCAGACGACGGUCGUGAUGUGGUCUGUCAUGCUUCUGCGUGGGAUUUCAAUAGCGGUACUGACUUUCGAAUCAAACAAUGUACCACGGUAACUGAGGACCAACUGAUCACAGUACAUCACGAAAUGGGACAUAUACAGUAUUACCUUGAAUAUAUCAAUCAACCUAUUCUGUUUCGAGGCGGAGCAAAUCCAGGUUUUCAUGAAGGUGUAGCGGAUAUUGUCAGUCUGUCUUUUCAGACUCCGGAACAUCUACAGAAGAUAGGGCUUUUAGAGAACCUCCCGAACGGGACAGAGGGAGACAUCAAUUUUUUAUUUCAAAUGGCACUGGACAAAGUAGCUUUUCUGCCAUUCGGUUACUUGAUUGACCAAUGGAGAUGGAGUGUGUAUAGAGGGGAGACAACUAAAGAAAAUUACAACGAAGCAUGGUGGGAUCUGAGGUGUCGUUACCAAGGCAUAUCACCACCUGUUGCAAGGUCAGAAAAUGACUUUGAUCCUGGAGCAAAAUAUCACAUACCAGGGAAUACACCCUAUAUCAGGUAUUUCGUAAGUUUCGUUGCUCAGUUUCAGUGGCAUAAGGCAUUGUGUGAGCUGAUAGGACAAGAGGAACCACUACAUAGAUGUGACAUAUACCAGAAUAGAACGGCUGGACAAAGGCUACAAGAGAUGUUACAAAUGGGUGCCUCGUUGCCAUGGGGGAAAGCUAUGGAGAAAAUAACAAGAGGCACAAGUGGUUUUACAGACAAACUCAGUGCCCAACCCCUCCUUGAUUACUUCAAACCUUUGCAGGAUUGGUUAGAAGUCGAAAAUAACAAGGCAGGAGAAACCAUAGGAUGGUCCCGGGAGAAUUGCCCAAGUGGUUCGUUCAUUGACACGUCCUCGUCUGCUUCAGUGAUGACGUCAUCAGUUGUUUGCGCAUUGAGCUUUAAUAUAUUGCGUUUUCUGUUCUUUAACUUAACAAUGAAAGUUAAUGUGAAGAUCGUACAGUCGUGUGUAUUACUGUUAUGUUUGGUGACAUUCACGGUGCAGCAAACAGAAGAUGAAAAAGUAACUGAAUAUUUAUCAGCUGCGGAUGGAUACAACGCCAGAGCCGAGGCGUUAAGAUACAAAUAUACGUUAGCUAUGUGGGCUUACUAUACGAACUUAACAAAUUACAAUAGAAACAAAAUGACCGAGAUGAGCCUGUUGGAUUCGGACUUCAGCAAGAACGAGUCAGUAAAAGCAGCUGAGUUUAACGUAUCUGCACUCACAGAUGAAAGCUUAAAGAGACAGAUAAACAUGAUCCUGGAUGUUGGAAUCUCAGGCUAUGAGGACAAAGAAGUUCUUAAACGGAUAACUAAUCUUGAAGCAGAAAUGACUGGCAUCUAUAGUGCAGCAGAAUGGUGCAAAACAUCUGACGACUGCAAAUCUCUUGAACCAGAUCUGACCGACAUCAUGACAAACAGCCGAGAUUAUGACGAACUUCUUGCUGCUUGGAAAGGAUGGAGGGAUGUCAGUGGCGCUAAAAUGAAAGACAUGUAUGCAGAAUUCGUCGGCCUCAUGAACAAAGCAAUAAAAGCCGGGGGAAGGUAUGAAGACAUGGGAGCGUAUUACAGGUCUUGGUAUGAACAGAACGAGUUUGAGGAAGAUGUGAAACGUUUAUUUGACGAGUUAAGACCUUUGUAUGAUCAACUGCAUGCAUAUGUUAGGAAAAAGUUGAAAGAUAGAUAUGGGGCAAGCAAAUUCCCUCAAUCUGGGCAUAUUCCCGCUCAUAUAUUUGGUAACAUGUGGGCACAACAAUGGGCCAACAUAUAUGAUAUUUUGGAACCGUACCCUGGUCAGGGACGUAUUUCGCUUACAGCAGAAAUGGAAAACCAGGUAUUUUGGUCUUUCACAGAUCAUUUUGAGGCUUUCCAUGUUGGAAAAACCAACGACGGUCGUGUUGGUUGUCAUGCUUCGGUGGAUUUCGAUAACGGGAGAUUCGAAAUUUCUAUAUAUUUUUAUUUAAGAAUCAAACAAUGUACCACGGUAACUGAGGACCAACUGAUCACAGUACAUCACGAAAUGGGACAUAUACAGUAUUACCUUGAAUAUAUCAAUCAACCUAUUCUGUUUCGUGGCGGAGCAAAUCCAGGUUUUCAUGAAGGUGUAGCGGAUAUUGUCAGUCUGUCUUUUCAGACUCCGGAACAUCUACAAAAGAUAGGGCUUCUGGAGAACCUCCCGAACGGGACAGAGGGAGACAUCAAUUUUUUAUUUCAAAUGGCUUUGGACAAAGUGGCUUUUUUGCCAUUUGGUUACUUGAUUGACCAAUGGAGAUGGAGUGUGUAUAGAGGGGAGACAACUAAAGAAAAUUAUAACGAAGCAUGGUGGGAUCUGAGGUGUCGUUACCAAGGCAUAUCACCACCGGUUGCAAGGUCAGAAAAUGACUUUGAUCCUGGAGCAAAAUAUCACAUACCUGCGAAUACACCCUAUAUUAGGUAUUUCGUAAGUUUCGUUGCGCAGUUUCAGUGGCAUAAGGCAUUGUGUGAGCUGAUAGGGCAAGAGGAACCACUACAUAGAUGUGACAUAUACCAGAAUACAACGGCUGGACAAAGGCUACAAGAGAUGUUACAAAUGGGUGCCUCGUUGCCAUGGGGAAAAGCUAUGGAGAAAAUAACAAGAGGCACAAGUGAUUUUACAGAUAAACUCAGUGCCCAACCCCUUCUUGAUUACUUCAAACCUUUGCAGAAAUGGUUAGAAGACGAAAAUAGCAAGGCAGGAGAAACCAUAGGAUGGACCCGGGAGAAUUGUCCUAGUGGUUCGUUCAUCGACACGUCAUCGUCUGCAUCAGUGAUGACGUCAUCAGUUGCUUUCGCAUUGAACUUGAAUAUAUUACGUUUCCUGUUCUUUAACUAACACGCCUGUUUGGAAACGGACAGAACAGUUUGCACUUUUUGUGAAAUGGCAUUUUGAAAUCCAGAUUAGUUUCACCUAUAUGAAAAAGCGUAUAAGGAAUCUUGAAAUUUGUCUGGAAUAAAUCAUUUUGCUGUUCAUAUCACGAAAAAUUCUUUGUUGUUUCUUCAAAACUGUUACAUUUAAUAAUAUUGUUGUUUGUAUAUACAUGUACAUAUUUGUAUAAUCAUUCUAUUACAAAAACAAAUGAGUAUCCGCUUUACGCGAUAAUGGGAAAAUCUGCAAGGUUUGUUCAUAUCUAUUUCUUCUGUAAUUGUUUCGUUCUUUUUUUUUUUGUUCUUCAUAAUCUGAAAGCCAGGCUAUAAUAAAACAAUAAUUCGACCGAAUGCUAACUCUUUUCUGACAGUAUAUAAAAGCCUUCUAUUCACAUAAGAACAAAAACAUUGUAAACUUAAAAACAUAUACAUUACCAGUCAUGUGGCCGGUCAGCAAUUAGUUAUAGUAUACCAGUACUGUCAUGUGUAUGCUUUUGUUCAUAUUUACUUUGUUCAUUAUGCCAUAUUAGUUAUUCAAUAAAUUUUAAUCAAG